AUGACCAUUUCCUCAGACCAGGUCCUAGAUUCGAAAACUGUGUUUCCGCAUAGUUAUAGGGAAGGAGUUAAGUGCAUUGGCUUCUCCAAGUCGCAAGGUCGCCCCUGUAACAGAGUCAUUGGCGCCGCUAAAGUGAGGGAGCAUGAGCACCUCAUGAGCCGGUUGAAUAGUGUUCCCUUGGAGCAGCGGGCUGACCAUCCGCGCCUCGAAGAGGCAGUAAGGCUCCUUCUGUGCUUUACCCAUAAGCACGCUGAUUUUGAUACGGAGCUAGAAGAUGCUUCGCAGAAGUUUCGAGAUGCAGCGGAGGCGGCGAAGGAAGCAGAGGCGGCCCGGGUCAAGUGGGAGAAGCACACUCCCCAGAAGCGGCCUGGCAUUCUUCGGAAGAGAGCAGUGCAGUUCGUCACUCCAUCUCCACUGCCCGUGACUCGUCGUGGAGUUGAUUUGGGCGAAGCAUCUGCCGCGAACUCCGGGAAAUCUGGGCACAGGCUUCAAGCUAGCGACAUCCCUUCCGAGUCUGAGUCGGACUCGGAGGGCGAUGGUAGCGACGAUGAUGAUAUUCAUCCCCUAAAAGCUUGGAGACGCUAUAAAUCCAAGUGGGAGGCGCUGGAGAAAUCUGGGCUGGAGAAAGGGGUCUCUAUCGUGCAGCAAGUCCCAUGGCCUGUGGCUUCAGGCAAGCACCAAGACGUCAGCAAGGAAGCAGUCCUCGAUUUCUUCAACAACGUUGCCGGUGACCCUGACAAUGCCGACCGCGGGGUCAUGUUCUCGCGUGAACGCAUGCGCUGGCGUUCCAGUAACGUCAAGGACACCUUUGGUCGAGAAGUGUAUCGAGGAAUUAUGAAAAGGGAAAUGAAAAUGAUUUCCUCGGUGGCCAAGGUAUAUGAAAAGCGAUACUCGGAGUAGUGUGGCUUGGUACUCAGUGGCAGUGGAGUACUUACUGAUGGGUUUCUUUUCUUUGGACGGGUAUUACAAUAGGGC